AUGGUUGCCUUUCCCUGGUGGGACAUCGAGCCGGUGCUUUAUUUGUGCAGCGUUUCGGCCAUUACAGCUUCCACUUUCAAUUGGAACGUCAAGCAGAUUGUCUCAAUCACGGCCAUUACAGCUUCUACUAUCAAUUGGAACGUCAAGCAGAUCGGCUCAAUCACGGCGACAUGCCCAGGUGUGGUCAACGACUAUCAACAUUGGAUUGGCGUUCGCGCUCCAAACCUCAACCUGGUUUACCAAGUACUAUAAAAGCUUGCUCUUGGUGUUCGUCGACUUAGCGCUGGUGAAUUUCGCCAAGGCGCCAAAAACGUCUCCAGCGAUAGCCUCCCCACAGGCACCCACCACAACGCAGUCCAUGCCGGACCUGCGCUUUGUGCAUACGAUGAAGUGAGGCGGUUCACAUCUUCGCCGGAGACGAGCUGCUAGGCUCGAGCGAUGAAAUAUAAUUCUCCGCUGAAGACGAUGAAGACACAGACGUGGGAGCUGAUAGCGAUGCCCUAGAUGAUUAUAAAGUGAGUGACGCCACAAGCGAUGAAAAAGACUCCGUCGAUUUGUCUGUUGG